AUUUAACAACCUUCAGGUCGCCCAGGGAGUGAGACAAACAGGGUCCUCAGGCCAGAAAAUUGCAUCAAUCAAACCGCAUGAAUAAGUUUUCCCCACGGACCAAGUGGAUCCUCUUAUCACGAACCAUCGGGGCCAAAAGGGCCAAGUGCCAACGAUGAUUGGCUUUACCCCUGAACCCCGUUGCCUUUUCCAGGCGGAGUCAUCUCCCAAAGCAGUUUAAGGCGUUGUCAAUAGCUUCGAGGUUAUCCCGAAUGGGUAAUCCUCUAGUCUUGCUGUAGGCUGAAAAAAGGCCGACCACCGCAUGCCCAGGAUCCCUUUUUGGUCUUGCCUCUGCCUCUUUCUUCGUCUUCCUCUUCUGUUUCCUUUCCUUCUUCUCUUUCUCCCAUCUUCAGGCUCCAAUUCUCGCCUGUGGAUCGUGGUGUUUCCUCACUUUCAGUCAUUCGUUUUAAUACUCACCCUAGUCUUUCGUUUCUUGACCUACUUCCGUAGUGUCAAUCAAGCUCUCUACCGGUCCGAACCACGAUCAGUACCGUAUAUAAGUUCAAUAUAAGAUAAAAAGAAAAUACAACUAGUCCAAAAUGAAGCUCACUAUCUCGUCGUCCGUACUUCUCGGGCUCAUUGUCGCCGUCGAAGCUGCCAAGCACGGACACGGGCACAUCCACAAUCACCAACGAGAUGUGAACUCCGCCGCAGAAGUGGAGGCACCACUGGAGAAGCGAGGAGGAAGCUGUGAAUUCCCCAAGGAUGCCGGUUUGGUGGCCGUCACUCCGAACCUCAAGAAUGCCGGUUGGGCCAUGAGCCCGGAUCAACCAUGUAAGCCGGGUAAUUACUGCCCGUACGCUUGCCCUCCUGGUCAGGUGUCCAUGCAGUGGGAUCCUGAGGCUACCUCGUAUAGUUAUCCCAUGUCAAUGAAUGGCGGUCUCUACUGCGAUGAAGAUGGUAAAAUCCAGAAGCCAUUCCCUAACAAACCCUACUGUCAGGAUGGUACUGGUGCUGUGGGCGCGCGCAACAAGUGUAAAAGCCAGGUCUCGUUCUGUCAGACCGUCUUGCCUGGCAAUGAAGCCAUGUUGAUUCCGACCCUGGUCGAGGAGCUGGCCACGCUCGCUGUGCCUGAUCUCAGCUACUGGUGUGAGACUGCCGCCCACUUCUACAUCAACCCUCCCGGCUACGAUCCUGAGACCGCGUGUGUCUGGGGGACCUCGGACAAGCCCUUAGGCAACUGGACGCCUUAUGUUGCCGGUGCCAAUACUGACGGCGACGGAAACACUUUCGUCAAGAUUGGUUGGAACCCAAUCUAUCUGGAGCAGACUACCCCCUUCCGUGAUGUGGUGCCCGAUUUCGGAGUCGAGAUUGAGUGCGAGGGUGAUGGCUGCAAUGGUCUGCCAUGCAAGAUCGACCCGGCGGUUAACAAUGUCAAUGAGGUUACUGGUAGCUCUUCAACGGGCGCCGGUGGUGGUGCGUUCUGUGUGGUGACGGUGCCGAAGGGUGAGAAAGCCAAUAUUGUCGUAUUUGAAAAGAGUGGAAGCAGUGGUGGGGGAUCUUCUAGUUCCACGGCCGCUUCCACUAGCUCCAGCACUGUCAGCAGCAGCUCUUCCUCCACCGUCAAGACCACGAGCAGCACUAGUACCACAAGCAGCACAAGCAGCACUACUUCGACGAGUCCAUCCACAACAGUGUCCAGUACCCCAACCCCGACCUCAACGGCCACUUCAACUCUCAUCUCACCCCCCAGCGUGACCCCUAGCGUGUCCCGCUCUUCCGGCUGGGUUUCUAGCUCAGCUCUGGCCUCGAGCGGCUGGCCUAGCCAAAGCCCACAGGUGCUGGCGGAGACCGAUGCCCAAUCAUAUGCGAUGUCCACCGAUGGAGCAGCUGCGUCAUCUCCCUCUCCGACCCAAGUCGACAAAGAAAAUGCGGCAUCCACUGCGGGCGCGUCUAUGUUGAGCUUGGUCGUUGGCCUCAUCGCUGCAAUGGUGCUAUAGACACCACGUAAGACGCACGCAAUUCUUUUCACCAUUUUCACUUCUCACUACUAUUUUUUUAUUACCUUCUUAACUCCGGGAUACCCGUUUACGAUUUGAUGUUUGUGUGAUUAUUAUUAUUAUUAUUAUUAUUAUUGAUUGACUGAUUGUAUACGAUUCGCUCUUCAGCAUUUCAUACGAUUGAUGGGUGGAUAUUUUAUUUUAUUCUAUGUGAGAACUUAUAUUACUACUAUAAUAUACAAGUCUAUUGUAUAUUUUUCACUUGCAAAUAGCGUUUGAAUAUUAAAUUCUGGAAUUCACAACAUCUCUGCACGGG